AUGCAUCUCAUCGUCCCGCCUGACGAUGUUUCGCAACUGAGGAGCCCACGCCAUAUUCAGAUUGGCACGAGCAAUGUUGUUGAGGUCAUUCAAAUAAGCACCUCGAGUCCCGCUCCCUCCUCGACGACUGACGCACCGUCGACUACGAAUAACCCAACUCCACCCUCGAUAACAGCCACGACGCCCCUACCAGCUUCAGAUAACCCUACUUCUGCGCCUCCUUCACCAGUUACUUCCACUUCCACUUCAUCUAGCACGCCAACUGUGGUACCAUCCGCUGCUGCCAGACGGGGCCCCAACGUUCCAGUUAUAGCUGGGUCAAUAGUUGGGGCAAUCGUCCUCCUCGGGCUGCUCGCUACCCUGGUUGUCUUUAUUACGCGCAAGCGCGAAAAGAUCAAGAAACGUUUCACUUUUCAUAAAGACAUGAUGGUACAACGACGGCAGUCUCGGCACCCCUCGAUUCCCGUUUCAGCGCCUGCCACAACCGUCCCACCGCCUUACCCCUUCACCGCGGCUGGCGGCCUCGAGGCUCAAACUCCAGCUAGGCCAGAGAGUAACGUCCAAGGUCUACACAGCGCGGCUUUGCCACCAUCCUCACGCCCGCUUGGCACUGGACACAUCGUGCCAUCCCCACGCGGCCCAAGGGGACCCGCUAUCAAACGCACCGAGCAAACCGUUGUUACAUCGACCCCGCCGGCACUGGACCACGUCCCUUCUCGGACACGCCGGCAACGGGAGCUCACAGAACGCAUCACGCAACUCCGAGAGCAGAUUGGUGAAAUGCACAGAAUAGCGAGGCCAGAUGCCACUCAGCGUGCGGUUAUGGAUGAUAUGCAGAGGCAGAUGGUGUGGUUGAGGGAUCAGGAGAACUCGGCUUGGGCGCUGGAGCAGACGAAUAAUCCGCCGCCUGGUUAUGCACGAUACAUGACCCCAUAG